GGUAGAGCUUGGUGAGCUUGAUAAAAUUCCCGCGAGAGGAGACGCAAGAGGUCGGGAGGCAUGAUAAACGUAAACAUCCAAAGGGCAUGUUCCACAAGGGACGGAUUAUCAUAACAAACGACCGAGGAUAACAGAGGACGACGUAUCUUUGGCAUGUCGAUCGGCUGAAUGGAUUUCGCGCGACGGAACUGCGACCGCGAUACGUGUCGCUCAGGUUGUACGUAAACGUCUCGACGUCGGUGAGCGCGAUGUCGGCGGGCGCGAGGUAAACGCGCGAUGUCCCGCGGUCUUAUGACAGAAGCGCGAUAACGAGGCAGAGGAAAAGAUGAGCCGACCGAAAUGGGACGUGCUGUGGUCGCCCUUUCACUCGGACCGAUUUAUCACGUGGGACAGCGACACGCUGUUGAACCUCUACGAGAUCGGGCCGCGUGACAACUGCGUGCGCGACAGCGAUCAAACCUAUCUGCAGAUCUCGGAGCACUCAGUCGCCGAGCUGGUCUGCUCCAUUACCAUCAACAGCUACGCAAAAUGCGUCGACGUAUAUCCGCAGCCGGAGCCGGACAUCGUUGCCAGCGGCCACGCGAAUGGGAAGAUAGUCCUGAGCACCCUCAGCCCGCCCGAGUUCGAUUACCAGGGCCUGGUCGGCAGAGAAUUUUUUCCAAAGUAUAUGCGGGCGUGCAACGUUGUUGCCUGGAAUCCCGUCGACACCCACCUGAUUAUGUCGGGCCUGGACAAGCACAGCAAGGAGCACUCCGUGUUGCUGUGGGACGUGCACCACUGCCCGAAGGGCUCGGAGCGGCCGAUAGUAGAAGCCGGCAUAUCAGAAACCGUACAUUCCGCCGCUUGGUUCAAGCACGAGCCGAGAUGCCUGGCUCUCGGUGUUAACAACAAGCAGUUGAAAGUUAUCGACUUUAGAGACUCGGCAAAGGUGGUGAACGUUACUCCCACAAAGGCGAUAUAUAAUCUGUCGGUGAAUCCCCAUAACAAUUAUCAGCUGCUUUCGCACGUCGACAAUCUGGUAACAAUCUGGGACACUCGGUGCUUCGAGAAACCGAUCGUUACUAUAAUGCCGCAGCGGCAGGUCACGAAGGUGCUGUGGUGUCCCACUAGACGAAAUCUAAUUGGCACGCUACAAAAGGACUCAGCUGGCUUGCAUCUGUUUGACAUUCAGUACUGCGGAGCAGAGGACACCGAGCCGGGUGUUCUGGAAAGAGUGGUCUUACCCCCGUGGCACAGUCCCAUCAGUUUUUCGUGGCAUCCGACCGAUGAGAAUCGAUUGCUGGCGAUUUCGCUGCAAGGUGUAACCGAUUACACUGUAUCUGAGAGAAUAACGCUCAAUUGGUCCGCUCGGUCGUGUCUCAUGUGGAAUUGCGCUUUCAAGUCAUUUAAAUACAUACACAGUGAAGACAGCGUUUAUAAGGAAUUAGACGAUAUCUCGGUUUUAACCAAGAGGCGUGCCAUGUUUGAAUAUGGUUUGCUUCCGGAGUUAGCUCACAAUGGUGACAUAGCCGAGAACGAAACUCUAAAGAAUCUAUGGCAAUGGCUGUACUUGAGUCGCUCUUUGGUAGAAGACGGCACUAUACAGAGUCCCGAUAAUAAGCAUCCCGGUGUGAGGACAGUUUUGAAAUUGGGUCAGCAAAAUCCAACCAAUGGCCUGAAAACGGAAGUGAUUCAUCGUCCGUGGACAGAUAUAGGAUCUGGUUAUAUGACAAAGGUCUACAGAUCGUCGGAUAGAGAAAGGAGUCUGUUUCUGUGCGGUUUACGAUUUGACUGGGAAACCAAUACGGCGUACGAUAACGCGUAUCUGGAGAAGCUCGAGAGGGAAGGCGCGUAUGCGAAGGCAGCCGCAUUCGCGGUAUUCAAUCUCUGUCUGAGGCAGGCGAUAGACAUUUUAAACCGAGGCGCCAACAAGAAGCAAACAACCAUUCUGAACAUGGUAGCUAUGGCAUUGUCAGGCUUCUCUGAGGAACGCACCACAUUGUGGAGAGAAUCGUGUCAGAAAUCUAAAUCGCAGUUAUCGGACCCUUAUCUGAGAGCGACGUUCGGUUUCUUGACCGCGGACAACGAUUCCUACGAAAGCGUACUUAACGAAAAUGGUAUGGCCGUCGAAGAUCGAGUAGCAUUCGCCCUCAUGUUCUUGUCGGAUAACAAACUGCAUGAGUACUUGAAAAAACUGACCCAGAAGGUAAUUGAAGAUGGAGAUCUAGCGGGCUUCUUGGUUACAGGUGCUAGUAUGGAAAGUAUACAGUUAUUGAGUAAAUACCUGGAAAUCACCUCGGACGUUCAGAGUUGUACUCUUAUCGCUAUCAGAACUUUUCCGCCUAAGCUGCUUCAGGAGAAUCAAGUUCAAGUGUGGAUUACGAGUUACAGACAUCUCUUGAACGCGUGGAAACUGUGGUUUCAAAGAGCGAAAUUUGACAUUGCCAUGAGGUCCUCGACGCCGCAGGAGAGACCGCCGCAACAGAUACACGUGUCUUGUCACUUCUGCGGCAAAAGCAUAUCGGCUUCCAUGCAAGGACUGAGCAGGACGAGGGUCCCGUUCGGCAGAUUAGGGAGCACUCCUAACAAAUUAAAGAUGACGGCAUGCCCGAAUUGCCGCAAACCGUUGCCGCGUUGCGCAAUAUGCCUGAUGCACAUAGGCACCGUCAGCGGAUUACAAACAGCUCCCAGUCCCGGUGGCACCAGAACCGAGGAGUGCAAUACCAAGCUUACGGAAUUCAAUAGCUGGUUCUCGUGGUGCCUAACAUGCAAGCACGGCGGACACAACGGACAUAUAGCUCAGUGGUUUCGACAACACACUGAAUGCCCCGUAACAUCUUGCAACUGUCGCUGCUCGUCCUUGGAUUACACGCGUAACGCAACUGUGACAUAGGUCCCGCCCGGUCGAUUUUAUGUACAGACAAGGGAAUGCAUGUUCGAGUGGUCUUCUCUUACACUUACACGCAGCAUUCCUUGUUAUUUUUACGGUAGGAGUAACGUGCCCCAGACAUCAGACGGUAGAAUGUAAAAAGAAGAAUGUAAAGAAAUGAAAUACGUAGUAAACUCAGUUUGUAUAUG